UUUUUAGUACAGAACGAACAAUCUGAUAAUAGAUUUGUGACCUUCAACUUGAUCCCGAUUUGGUUACUAAUCAAAUGCCCGGAUGUUGAAGUUUUCUUCAUUAGAAACAAUAAGAUUUUAAAACAAAAUGCACCUUGAAAUUGAUGAGGCUUUCUUAAAGUACAACCAUUGCUAAUCAAUUGCCUCCCCUGGGACUAGACAUGGACGUCCAAUCCUCGGUCGGUCCAUCGUCUGCCAGUCCACAUGACCUCCAGCACAAGGCCAUGAGUUUAUCCUACAGCUCCGGUAACCACGGCGACUCAGGUCCAGGGAUGAACAUCCCAAGCAGCGUCAACGGAAAUCUGACCAACGGAACUGACCAUGGGUCAAUGGUCAGCUCAACGGGUGUGGGGUCACUUCCAAUGUCAUUGGUCAAGAAUUCGGCCAAGGCCCCCACGUGUAAAGUGUGCGGUGACGAAUCGUCGGGGUUCCAUUAUGGGGUGGAUUCAUGUGAGGGAUGUAAGGGAUUUUUCCGGCGUUGUAUCACACAAGGAAUGACACACAAAUGUUCUAACGAGGAGAAAUGUGAAAUCACACCCUUCACGCGUAACAGCUGCCAGUACUGUCGUCUCAAAAAGUGCUUUGCUGUCGGAAUGUCACGAGAAGCCUCAAGACUUGGCAGGAGGCCAAAAAGGCUAAAGGACCCCUCCAGUGACGCGCGGGGUCACGGGGGAAACCUUCCCAUCGCCCCCUACCCCACCUCCCCACAGGAAUUACAGAAGUUACGCAUGGCUGAACUUCAGAAAGUCUUACAACAGAACGGCACCUUCAAAGCAGAACUCAUGCAGGCUUUUCUGCAGGCAGCUCAGGUCAGCUUCCGCGAGCACCAGCGCAACCCAAGCAACAGCCAACAGCAACCUCAGCAGUCGACACAACGGCAAUCUCAGCAUCAGCCUCCCCAUCAGAUGACCUCGCAACUGAGCACGGGCGAGAUGAACGGGAAUGGUCACGAAUCGGGAUACUCCAGCUUCAGUAGUCCGGUCAGUAGCAAAAGUCAGUCACCCAUCACCAGCGACAACAUGGGUGAAAAAUACAAUGGGAAUCAGCCGAUGAGCCUGGGUAAUAGCGACAUGGUGCUGGAAGAGAUUGACGGGCUCAGUAUGAACAUUAAGCCAGAGCCAGGGAGUAAUUACUCUAACUGUGGCAGUCUGGAGAACAAUGGUGAUAUUCUGGCUCAGAUGGAUCUUAAAGUGUUGAACCAUUUAAACGAAAAAAUGUUCAUGGAUCCGUCCACGCUUUUGUUUGAGAGUAGCUUCUCUCCCCCCGAGGCUACGUGUAAACUGGAGCCCAAUAGUCCGAGUGUCAGUGAGGUCAUGUCCAUGGGUAGAAUGAAUCCGGACUUGAAUUUAUCAGAACAAAACAGUCGCGCGGGGAGUUCUAGUAGUGGGGGAAAAGAUCUUAGUCUGGAUAUUGACGAAGAGGAAAUUGUAGAAACGGACGCGACAAAGUUACUGGAGGAAGUGCGACUCGGACCGUCGGAUGUAAGGCGCGCGCUGAUCGAGCAGGUCACAGAAAGCGUGGUGGAGGCGCAUUUCCAGACGUGUAAUCCCACAUAUCAAAACGUCGCAGAAGCCAAUGACAGGUUCGCUGAGAAAAUGGCGUCUGGUGACUUGCCUGACUUCAGCAAACUUGUGAUCAAUCCUAACUCAAUCUGGCAGCAGUUUGUGUCUCAGAUGGUUCCCGAGAUCACGCUGGUCGUCAAGUUCUGUAAAAAGAUACCAGGUUUUGGGGAGAUUGAUCAGGAUGACCAGAUUAACCUAAUUAAGCAGGGGUCAUUUGAGGUCAUGCUCUGUCGAUUCUGUAACCUGGUGGACUACAAAAAGGGGACAAUGUUUGAUCCAGAAAUGAAAAUCAAGUGUCCAAGGGAGAUGGUGAAGAUGCUGCCUAUGGGAGAAUUCAUGGACGAGUUUUUCAACGUAGCGGAAAUGUUCAACCCUCUAAAGCUGACGGACGGGGAGAUCGGGCUCUUUACCUCAACACUCAUCAUCUGUCCAGAGAGGAAGGGCAUUAAGAAUGUGCGAGCUGUCAAGAAGCUUCAGUCCCUUCUGUUCCAGUGUCUGUACGCCCUCAUCAAGAAAAACCACUUUGAUUAUGACAAUGUUUUUAUAAAGGCCAUCGGUACAAUGAAGACAUUCAAAGUAGUGAAUCUGAAGCAUCGGAUUGCUUUAAAUAGCAUGCAGAUGCAGGCCCCCUCAAAGGACAUCUUCCCUCCUCUUCACCAGGAGGUGUUUGAACACGGUGAAUGUAGCACAGAAGAGACCAAGAAGUCCUGAGGGGUCAGACCUGAGUUAGAAGUGUCAUUCUGUGAAAGACCUGUACAUAAAAGGGCUAAGCUGAUCAUGCACACAAACUAGAGAGCUUAGAUAGCAAGGAAAAGCAAACAUUUAAAAGAUCUCAAAUCAGUGUCACCUAGGAGUUUGGAAAAGCUGAUGUCCUUAAACACUGCUGACACGGCCUUAAGGAAACUUUCCUUCUCUGACGUGACGUAGGUGCCCUGGGGUAUUCCCUGCUUAGGACGUGUUGUGGAUUUAUAAAUAAACAAUUCAUUGCAUCUGUGCAUACACCCCUGUUUGCGCCCCGUGUUAGUGAAUGACAAUUAUAUUUUAUGUUUAUGUCCUACAGAUAUCUCACUCCAUGUGGCAACAUGUAUAAGUGUUCUCAUUAUUCAAGGAGAGACAACUCCAGUUUAUUAUCGGACGGAGGUUAUGAAAGCCAGCAGAGUGUAGCUGUUUUGUUGUUUAUAUUAAUGGCAAAUUACUGAUGCUAUUCAUUCUUUGUGUUAAAUAUUAUUAAUUGUUUAAGACUAAUGAAGUGAUUUAUUUCCAUCAUGGAUGUAUCUAUAGACAAAGAGGGAGGAUCUAAGAUUCUGUGCCCUGCUAUAGAGACAUGAUAGGAGUGGAUCUAAAUUUCUGUGCCCUGCUGUAGGGACAUGAUAGGAGAGGAUCUAAGAUUCUGUGCCCUGCUGCAUUGAUAUAGGGAAAUAAUCUGAUGAAGCUGUUUUCAUUUUUAAGGUCACCAGGGCACGUAAAAGUUUCUGCUUUUUGUUUGAGAACACAAUUUUUUUCAUGGAGUUAUGUUAUUCGUCUUUGUGAUACAAUGUUUUUUUUCCUUCGACUUCGGUUUUUGAAGAUUUUAUAGACAUGUAUUUCAUAAUCAUGCAUUGAUUAUUUCAUAUGUAAAUAUUUUAACAGAUUUUGUAAAUAUAUAUCAUUUUGUAAAUAGUUGUACAGAAAAAGUUAUACAUCAACUGUUAGUUAUAUUUACUGCAAAAGGGACUUGAAGAUUUUAAUUAUUUCGUUACUCAACAUUAAUCUUAAAAAUUUGAAUCUUGAAAUUUCUUUGAUCAUCUUAAAUGUCUCAUUUAGUUUCCUAUUCAUGGCUAAACAACUGCUUUCUUUUUAUGUGAUUCUUGACUUGUGUAUAUGAGUUUGUGAAGUGAGAGAUUUAGCUGAUAUUAUUACAAGUCACGUUUAGGGUGUACUGAAUUCAUCUAUACUGUUGACUAAAAAGAUUGCCUCUUAGUUUUCUUGGACAAGCAUUUAUCAGGUAAAACAUUCAAUUUUUGGAAUUAGUUACUAUAUACCUCCCUUUUCUUACUUUAUGUUACAAGUACAUAUGGUAUAUAGACUUGAAACAAGAAGAGCUACGCAAAGGUUUAUGAUCCAAAUAAAACAAGAACAAAAUU